AUGGGCAACGGUGCCGUAAAGCUGCGGACGGAUAUGCAUGGCGACGUGCCGAUGGGCAGUCUAAAUGAGGAUGACAUUAAUGAUGACGCGGUAACAUCAGUAAUAACGUUGCCAAAAUGCGCCAGGGAACAAAAGAUGGACGGAAGUGAUGACAUGCGCCCUAUUCCUAUUGGAGAAGGUGAGGAAAAAGUCAAAGGUUCAUAUCGUUCCGAACCUGUUUCUUUAGAUGAAGUCUUGGGACCUGCCGACAGCGUAAAGGCGCGGUACCGAAAGAAUAAAGCAAUUGGUAAAGGGGCAUUUGGUGAGGCUUAUAUUGUUGAGCGCAACCCACUGUAUCCAAUUCCAUCCCCCAAAAAAGCAGCGGGAGGGAAAGGCGAUUCCGAAAUAAAAAAAAGAGCUGGUGAUGAUGCAACCCGUUUAUUUGUAGCUAAAGUGAUGGAUUUGACUUCAAUGUCACCAAAUGACAGACGAUACGCUCAAACUGAAAUUAUGUGUCUUGCCUGUAAUCAUCAUUUUGCAAUCAUACAGUACUAUGAGCACUUUUUUAUCGAUGAUGAGGAUGAGACAAUUAUAAUUAUAACAGAGUUUGCGGAUGGGGGGGAUCUCUACCGCACCCUCCACAAUGAGUCUUCGGAGUUUUGUCUUUCAGAGACAGAAGCCGGAAUUUAUUUUGUGCAGUUGUUACUUGGUCUUGACCACGUUCAUCGUCGUCGUAUGAUCCAUCGUGAUGUAAAGACGGCGAAUAUUUUCUUGACCACGCGUGGUUUUUUGAAGCUUGGUGAUUUUGGCUUUUCACAGCAGUACGACAGCACCGUCUCGAACCCAAUAGCCUGCACAUUUCUUGGCACAAGCUACUAUCUCGCCCCAGAGAUGUGGCGCGAGCAGCGUUAUGGCAAAAAAGCAGAUAUCUGGGCGGCUGGAAUAGUUCUGUGUGAACUUUUGGGGAAACGGCGGCCUUUCGAAGCGGACUCCAUUCCCAAAAUGAAGGAACUUGUUCUCUCUGGUGCCAUGUGGCUUCCCCCUGUACUUCCUGAAAACGCCGGCGUCUCAGAGGAGGAGCGUCAAGCCCAGAAAAAGAUGGGCUACAUAUCCAGAGAGAUGAGGGAGUUCCUGGAGUUCAUUUUGCAGCAGGACCCUGAGAAACGGCCAAGCGCUUCCCAACUUCUCAAAACACCAUUGAUGCAGCAUUAUCUGUGUUUACUUAAGAAACGUGUGGAUCGUAUGAUUGCAUUGGAUGACGAAAUGGAGAGUAAUUACAAGGCAAAUCCCGCGGGGUUUGCGGGUUCAUUGCCCGAAUAUAAUAUUUCCCUGGAGGUCCGGGCACUGGUUAUGAGCGGAAUAGCGGAGGGCGAGGCGGUGAUCAACUUUGAGACGGAACGGGAGAUGGCAACAAGCACCACGCCUCGUAUUGAAAGCAUAGUUUACAAGGAGACAGCUGGUAGUCAAUGGAAAGAACGUUACCUCAUUCUCGCCGAUGGGUUUUUAACAAUGACACUUGCGAAGGGGAAAAUGGCGGCGGGCUCUGGCGAACGCAGUAAGAAAGUCCCGCUCCAAGCAAUUAGAGCCGUCGCACCAGUUGUUUUGGAUGUUCCAGUCUUAGCUGAAUCGAGCGGGGAAUCUGGUCCGUUUCACGUAAAGUUUGCCUUUGCCAUAUCUACACAAAAUGCACAUUCUAUUGUAUUUGCAACCCGGACCGAGCAGGAACGUGAUCAGUGGCUGUCCACGAUGAUUGUAGCGUUGAAAAUGGAUUAG